UAUGAACGAAUUUUCUGAAUAAAUGGAUAUUUCAAAACUUAGAAUAGAUUUAGGUCCAUAAUGGAAUGAAAUUGAAUUAGAAGUGUUUUUAAAGAGUAUGAUUGAAUGAAUAAGUUGAUUGUAGUCUUUAGAUAGUAAUAAUUGGCAGGAGUAGGAAGAAUGUAAGAGACUUUGAGACAGUUAGGAUAUCAACGAACAACAACAAAUUUAUUGUCUGUCUAUAAGAAAGUAAGAUUAAUUAUGGAUGAAGAAUAAAAACUUCUUAGAAUCAAAUCAAAAUUGUACCGCCCAUGAUUUGUAUUUAAUUUUACGAGAUCAUUAUGAAUAAAAUGAACCUUUCGAAAUACGAUCUAUUAAGAAGGUUAAGAAAAAUUAAAAUUGUACAUAAAAUUGUAUAAACACAAGAUCGUAAAUCUAUUCCUUAGAAAUUUGAUAUAAAUGACAAUGCAAAUGAUAUGAACUAUUAUUUUAGCUAAACUUAAUGUUUCAAUAAUUAAUGUGUUUAUGAUAAUAAAAACAUUAGUCAGAAUGUAAUUAUACAUAAUUUUAAAUUCAAGUUUUGUAAAUGGAUUUAACAUGAAUAUUUUUAUUCACAUUUAGAUUACACUUAUUUUAGUCUAAAUGAAUUUUAAUAAAUGUUAACUAAAGCUAGCAUUCCUUUAGGAUAGAAAUCUAUAGCUGAAUGGAGAAUAAUAAAAAUGGUAGAAUUUUUAUUUACAAUUCCUUAGGCUGUAGGGUAACCCAGAAGAUUUUCAUUUUAUUUUCUCUAACAAGAAAUGAGCAAGUUAGCAAAAUAUAGAUCAGUUAUAAGAAACUAUCUUUUUGAUUAGAACUAUCCUAUACAUAGGGAUAUUCGUAAUUUAGAUCUGAUACAUGAUAUUGUAAGAUUGGCUCCAUUUAAUAUUGGUUAAACAGUAUAUGCUGUUCAUCCAGUUUGUAAACAUGUUCAUAUUGGAUAAAUCUAAUCUACUAAUCUACCUACUAUCACUAUUAAAUUUUCAUAACCUGAAUUAGGAAUUCAUAAAAUAUCAGAUCAAAACAUUUAAUUGUAUUUUUGAAUCAUUUAUAAUCUUAAGAGAAGAAAAGUUUAUUAGCAAAUAAAUGAGUGAUGAUCGAUUUGAUAUGCAAUAGUAAUUAAGUUUCAAUACUCAAAAUGAAAAUAAAAAUACUAUGAUUUCCAGUAUUGUUUAAGAGUUGGAUCAUUAUGCUGCUGCAUUUAUGAUUCGCAUAUUAUAAAGGUAUUCAUAUUUUUUUAUAUAGAAAACAUGCCUUGGUAGGACAUUUGAAACAAUUAAGUUAAAAAUUAUAAAAUGAACCAAAUCUCAUAGAAGAUUAAGAAUUUAAAGAUCUUUAUCAAUGGUCAUUAUAGUAGAUAAGAAACUUUGAUUCAGCUUCAAAACAUGUUAUGACUAAAUUUAGAAUGAGAGGAUUGACACGCUAUUGUAAAAAACUAUUUUAUUUAUUUCAAGCCUUGUAAUAGGUGAACAAUAAUCUCGAUAAAGUUUUAAGCAUGCCUUUAGCCUAUAUGGAAAGAGAAUUAGACCAAAAUAAUGCAAAAUCUGAAGAAGUGAAGAAAAAUCAUGAAAUAAAAUAGAUCAUUCACAAACAAUAAGAUGUAUAUUAUUUUAUUCUAUUUCAAAGGAAAAAAUCAACUCUCAAUUAAAUUCAUUACUAACUUAAAAGUUUUCAUUUCUAGAUAAAGACAAUUGUAAAUAUUCAUCAUAUGAUUUCAUACACAUAGAAUUAAAACCAUUAGUUUCAUCCCUCUUUGGCCUAUUAUAUACAUUAAAUAGUAGUUAAGAUUUGAAUAUGAAUUCCAAUGCUCAUUGGCAAACAUUAAAAUAAAAUAUCCAAGAAUCCCACCCUUAAUAACUCCUAGAAAUAUAAGAAUCAAUUUUAAGAAUUGUAGGUAAUCAUAGUAAAUGA